AUGUUUCUUUAUUUGAUUGGGCUGUUCUAUUUGCACAACCUUUCGUCGGCAGCGAGCCUUUCAUUUAAUAUCCCCUCCAGUCCGCCAUCCAAUGCGAGUGCUACGCUCACCGAAGCCCCCGUGGGCGUCUCAUUCGAAUUCUUUGCAUACCCUGCGUAUGUAACCGAUGUCGCCUCGACUCAGCAAUGCCUGGAGAAUUUCAAGGACUUGACCGGAGUUUGGCCACCCAUCCGUAUAGGUGGAACUACGCACGACAGGGACCGAGCUACGUACGAUGCCUCAUCGUCUGCUGCCGUCACUUAUACCGUAGCUGCUGCCGGUGAUGCACCUGAUUCUCUUACCUUUGGACCGCCGUUUGUCGCGUUGGCUGCAGAUUAUGAUGGAGAUGUGACCUUAGGCCUCAACCGCCGUCUAGAUGAUAUCUCCAAUACUAUUGCAGCUGCAAAACUCGCAGUUGAAGAAAUGGAUAACCUCUACGCCAUUGAACUCGGCAAUGAGCCCACCUUCUACACUUCUACCGACCCAAUCGCGGAUGGUGCCUCUUGGACUGCCGCAGCUGACUACGCGUCUCAGGUUAAGUGGCAAGAUGAAGUAUUCGGAAACUUGUCUAUUGAGAAUAUUGCGUCAGCCGGUGUUUACUUUGGAACAUCUCCAGAGAGCAUAGUUGGUCUUACUGCGGUUGAGGAGGAUGCUAAUGAUUAUGUGAAAGAUUAUUGCUCACACAAUUACCCCCAGUCUGCGAGUACUGCUGACCUCGAGACGCUCAUGGGUCACAGUGAUAUUGCGUCUGAAAUUGAGGAGUUUGCGGCAGAAGUUACAGCUGCAACAGCUUUGGGAAAGGAGCAUGUGUUUGGUGAAACUAACUCUGCGACGGGUGGCGGCGGUGGAAUAAGCCCGACCUUUGGGGCCGGUCUGUGGAUUUUGGACUAUGUUAUGCAAGCUCUCAUCAUGGGUACCAAGUCGCUUUAUUUCCACCACGGCACGAUCGGAAACUGUCAAUACUGCUGGUGGGGUCGCUACGAUAUGGGCUCCCCGUAUUUUGGAGCCUACUUCGCCACAAUGGCUCUUGCGAAUGCAGACCAAGUUGCUCCACUGGAUAGCGGGGAUACAGCAUUCGCAGCAUACGCCAUUUACAAAUCAGGAUCGCCUGUUCGGGUCCUUCUCUAUAACUCAGAGUACUACACUAGCGGAACCCGAUCAACCCAAGCAUUUGUUCUGAGCGGCCUAACUUCAUCAACUGUGACAGCCAAGCGACUCACUGCUUCGUACGCUACAUCACGGGUUGACGAAGGGGACAGCCCCACUGUUGCGGGACAAUACUUUGGAAAUGGCAACUGUACCCUCAUGGGCGAUGAGGUCACUGAGACUACCACGGUCUCUUCGGGUAAAGCGACAUUCACGGUGGGCGCGUCGGAGGCCCUUCUGAUUGAGCUUUAG